CCCAUUCCCAGCCAUGCCGUAAACCAGAAGUCGGGUGACAUCCCCAAUCCGAUUCAUCGCCGAGGUAGUAAUCCCGACAUUGUGGUUCCUCACCCCCACCUUACCUCACUACCGAUCCUUUACCCUCCCAUUUUAGCAAUCCAGAAAAUAAAAACCACAAAAAGAACUCAUUCCUCCCCGAAACGCAAAAGCAAUUCUCUCGUUCGUAAACUUACUUGCUUGCGACAAUGCCGUAUUCGCUCAAAGGACGCAACGUCCUCGUCACUGGUGGAUCCAGGGGUCUGGGGGAGUUGAUCUGUGUCAAGUUUGCGCUGGAGGGGUGUAAUGUUGCUGUUAAUUAUAAUGCGAGUGGGGAGCGGGCGAAUGGUGUUAAGGAGCGGAUUGAGAAGUUGAAGGGAUGUGAGGGGGUUAAGGUUGUUUUGAUUCAGGGUGAUAUGGGUAAAGAAGAAGAUUGCAACAGAACAGUCAAAGAAGCCAUUUCCCAACUCGGCGGCCUAGAUAUCAUUAUCUCUAAUGCCGGCUACACUCGCUUCUCAACCUUCUCCGACCUCUCGGCCCCAACAACAGAAGACUGGGACACUUGCUACGCCGUCAACGUGAAAGCCAACUCUUUCCUCCUUCGUGAAGCAUUGCCAACCUUCAAAUCCAACCCCGAAGGAGGCAUGCUCAUUAUUUCUUGCUCGAUUGCAGGGAGGAUUCCGGGAGGGAGUAGUUUGCCGUAUGCGGUUACCAAGGCAGCGCAGUUGCACUUGAUGAGGUGUCUUGCUAGUACCCAAGGGCCGAAGGUUAGGGUUAAUGCUGUGUUGCCAGGGUUGUUGAAGACUGAGUGGGGCGCUAGGUAUGGCGAGGAGUCUAUAGCGGAGAUGGAGGAGAAGGCUUGGUUGAAGAGAGACACGGAUAUCGAUGAUUGUGCUCAAGCAUAUAUCGACGUUGCAAAGAAUUCAUCGUUGACAGGACAGAGAAUCCAAGUUGACUCCGGCUUAGGCCACAAUGACUAGAAAUUGAGGCCGGCUUCUGUCAAGUGCAACUUUCAUCUUAGUGAUAUGGACAACUAAACACAGUGGUACUGACUUCAUAAAAGUUUGACUCAAAAGCUCAAGUGUUCUUGAUAAAUAGAACUUGAGAGAAAUAGAAAUGAGAAUACACUGAUUGCUGUAC